AAGCAGUCAGACUGACAGAGAGGACGUCACAGAGGUGCACUUUGUUCUGAGGAGGAGGAAAAGUUUCAAUAUGUUUCUUACAGGAUGAGGAAAUGCUCUGAGUGAAGAAAUCAUUUGACUUUUACAACAAAUUCAUGAAGAUUCAAAGUGGAGUAUUCUUUCUUUGCCGUUGCUUCAGUGAUGAUUUCUCGUCCUAGUCAGACACAUCCUGAACACCUCCAUGGAUUUAUUAUUGCAAAGUUUUUUUCUAACCAGACGACCCACAUCAGGCCCAGAGCCUCGGGGUGAUGCUGGCCAUGCAGCACUACAACUCCUCGGGCAUCCUCUCCCCUCCCCCCCCCUCUAACCUCACCACCAUGCAGCAGGAGCCCAAGGUGGAGGCCGUGCAGCGCAAUGACACCCGCCUGCCGAGCAACCCCACGGCCGCCGGCCUCACCAUGACCCUGGGCAUCCUGUUUAACGUGGUGGCCCUCGUCAUCCUCGCCAAGGCUUACAACCGCUUCCGCCGGAGGUCCAAGGCCACCUUCCUGCUCUUUGCCAGCUCUCUGGUGGCCACAGACCUGGCGGGACACGUGAUCCCCGGAGCCCUCGUACUUAGUAGAUACUCAACGGGGAUAGGGUCCAGAGCUGAUCCUGAAUCCAGCUUUCGAGUUGACACUACAGACCCGGAUGCUUCUUGUCUGUUUCUGGGAGGCUGCAUGGUCUUCUUUGGCCUGUGCCCUCUCUUCCUCGGGUGUGGCAUGGCCGCAGAGCGCUGCCUGGGCGUCACAAAGCCUCUGCUGCACGCCCAGCUGGUGACCACAGCGCGGACAAAGAUGGCCCUGACUCUGAUCUGGCUGCUGGCUCUGUGUGUGGCCCUCCUGCCCUGCUUCAGCCUGGGCGCCUACACCUACCAGCACCCAGGGACGUGGUGCUUCAUCAAGGUGAUGGAGGGCACCGGGCUGAAGGACCUGGCCUUUGUGUUGCUGUUCUCCGGACUCGCUCUGAGCUCCCUGGCCUCGGCCUUUGUGUGUAACACCAUCAGUGGGAUCACGUUGGUCCGAGCGCGGUUAAAGAGGUCUUGCUCCCAGCGCCGCUCUGCCCACUCCCACGACACUGAGAUGGUGGUGCAGCUGGUCGGCAUUAUGGUCACUUCUUGCAUCUGCUGGAGCCCUCUGCUGAUAUUUGGACUGAUGUCCGCCAUACGCUCCUACAGCGACCCGCUAGGCAUUGACAAAGACACUUACAGGAGCCUGAUGGUGACGGGGGUCAGGAUGGCGACCUGUAACCAGAUCCUGGACCCCUGGGUGUACAUCUUGCUGCGGCGCGCCAUCCUCAGGAAGAUCUACCGCAUCACCAAGAGGCAGGCCAGCCUGAAGGGGAGCUUGUUCCGCACCACGCGCUGGGACGCCAGCUCCUUUCAGAACUCAGAGAAAAAGGGCGUCAAUAAGAUUUAAAUGAAACUGAAAGACAAAGGAAAAGCUGUUGGCUGUCACUUGUGAAGGGGACGCUGUUUAGACUCCACCAGGCGUCUAUCAUCUGGAUCCUCAUUCAGUGUGAAAUGUCGAUAUGGAAAAAUGUUCUUCCUCACCUGGUGGGAGUGUUGAUAUGAAGUAUAAAUGUUGGGAUAUGAAAAUAAUUCCUGAGCAGCUACUUAUAACCGUCGGGUUGUUUUAUGUGUGACAGUACAAACGGAAAACAGACAAAUUUGAUGUAACGUGGCUCAUAUGAAGGCAUGUUUGCACGUCACUCUGUGCUCACUGAGACCAGGUGUGAAUCACAUCACGUCAGAUGCAUGAUAAUGUGACUUUUUCUUGCAGUGAGGUCAGUUUUUCACUGUCUCAACUCAAACGUUUGAACCCUUAAUGUCCCAUUUGUUCUGUUGUUUCAUGUAAAGAAAUUUCAAAGUGUCGUAUAAAGAAAGAAAAGGCUGUGAUUUGACCCCAGCUUCAAGAUGUGAAAAACACCAUGCAUGCAUGUGUGUGUGUGUGUGUGUGUGUGUGUGUGUGUGUGUGUGUGUGUGUGUGUGUGUUAAUAGUGCUGUAACAUGUAUGUGAAUGUGUGUUGUGAUCGUGUGGUUGUGAAUGUAUCUACAGUAUUUUCCCCGAGUGUCCGGGGACAGAAGUGAAGCUGUGUUGCAAAAAAAGCUAAGUGAAUGUGACCUUGUUUUAAAGGGAAUGUAAGCUCUUAAAAUAAAAGGUUAUUUGUU